UUGGUGGCGCUGUAAAGAGUAAUGGCUGCCUCCUUGCACCGGUUUCGUGUUGCUGGAGUAAACAAAUGGAGAAAUUUGAUUCAGACACGGGCAUUCCAAGUGUCUCUGCAAGCCAUGGGAGCCUACGAUUCUGAGUUUGAAAAAGCAAAAACUCAACUAAAUUCUCUUCAGGAUGACCCAGGAAAUGAUGUCAAGCUAAAAAUAUAUGCACUAUUCAAACAAGCAACAGUUGGAAAAUGCAAUGCAAAGAAACCGGGUAUGAUGGACUUUGUCGGGAAAGCAAAAUGGGACGCCUGGAAUGGUUUGGGGGAUAUUUCCCAGGAUGAAGCCAAGCAACAAUAUAUCUCACUUGUUGAAGAUUUGGCAGGAAAGGGAAAAUCAGAUGUUAGUGUUGAAAAGACACCUGCUGGCAAAUACACCACAUUAGAUGUGGCCAGUGAAGGAGGGGUGUUCACAAUUAAGCUCAACAGACCAAGCAAGAAAAAUGCAAUAAGCUUUGAGAUGUAUGAUGAAUGGGUAGCUGCCCUUAAAGAAGCAGCUGAAGAUCGGAGUGUGGUUGUCACCGUAGUAACAGGUGCGGGAGAUUUUUAUUGCAGUGGGAAUGAUUUAGGAAAUUUUAUGAAUAUCCCUCCUGAUGGUGUGAAAGCUAUGGCAGAAAAUGGGGGAGUAAUAUUAGAACGGUUUGUAGCUGCUUUCAUUGAUUUUCCCAAACCUUUGAUUGGUGUCAUUAAUGGACCAGCGUUAGGGGUGUCCGUUACAGUGCUGGGUCUCUUCGAUGCUGUGUACGCCACAGACAAGGCUACAUUUCAAACUCCAUUUUCCAGUCUGGGCCAAUCGCCAGAAGGUUGCAGUUCGUACACAUUUCCACGAAUGAUGGGUACAGCAAAAGCUAGUGAACUGUUGUUGUUCAACAAAAAAAUCACAGCUCAGGAAGCAUUCGACAGAAAUCUAGUAACAGAAGUCUUCCCAGAUCAUGAUUUCCAGAGAUCAGUCCAAGCGCGAAUACAACAGUUUGCCAAACUUCCUAAAUUGAGCUUGCAGAAGUCCAAGUUCUUGUCCAGAGAGAUGUUGAGAGAAACAUUGCAUCAAGUCAACAAAAAAGAAUGCGAGAUCUUAGUGGAGCGCUGGCAGUCAGAAGAGUGCUUUCAAGCCAUCAUGAAGUUCUUCUCCAAGACAGACUCCAAGUUGUAAUCAUCAUCUAUUUGUGAUUAAUUUCCUUUGGUGAUGAUACCAGUGUGAGAAUUAUUGCUGGAAAUGUUAUACAUUUCUAACCAGGUUUGACUGGGUUUUUGCGACAGCGAUACGAAUCAUAUGACUGUUGUUCUAAAUUUCAAUUGUCAUUCAGGACGAUAGCUGUAAUUAUCAUAAGGAUGAAAUUUGCCAGCUGUAAGCCGAAUCUAUUUUAUUGUCAAGAGAGUAAGACAAUGCAUGUGUGUGUUAAUGUGAAAUUAAUCAAGAUUUAUUCAAGUAUACAUGUACAAAGCAGGGAUUUAUUUAUACAGCUGUGAUAAUUGAGUUACGUACUUGUAAAAUAAAGUGUAUCUUAAUUUGUUUAAAAAUAUAUUAUCAAAUGCA